AUGUCUGGUGGUGUCAGAGAAAGUGGUUCGUCUGGCAACGAGGCUGAGCCCGUGCUGCUCAAGAAACUAGGAUAUCUCGAUAACUUCCACUUGGCGUUGAACAGGCUUGAUCAGAUCCGUGGCACCGUCAUCUCCUGUCGCUAUACGAUUCCCCAAGCACUCAGGGGCCAAGAACGUCAUGACGAGCUCAAGAGCGCCACGGAAGCUGCAGUCUGUGCCGUGGUCAUGGACCAUCCAACUCUUCAGGUUGGGGUCGCAAACCCCGACUCCAGGAAGCCUUCCUGGGUCCAGCUGGCGAGCCUCGACCUGCAGCACCAUAUACGCUGGCAUUUUCUGGACGCUGAGGCAGACAUCGACAAGACCCUGCUGCAAACCGCUGGACUUCAAGUCGACACGAAGUUCACUGACCUGCAGCACAGGCCUGGAUGGUUUCUCGACAUGCUGCACCAAGAUAAUGCUGAGUUCUUGGACAUUGUAUACACUUGGAACCACGUCCACCACGAUGGGAUGAGUGGGAAAAUAUUCCAUGAAGACUUACUUGAAGCCCUCAACUCUCCAACCAAAACUCAGAAAGUCCACCAGCACAUCAACAAGCACACCCUCACACUUCCAAUACAACCCCCAAAAAUGCCACCACCCCUCGAGGACGUAUGCAAACUACCACUAUCCUUCAAGACCCUCGCAAGGGGCGCCCUCGAAGUCCACGGCGCAGCCGUCUUCGACAAGAGCCCCAGCCUCGCGCACUGGAUCCCAAUCCACCUCACGCCCUUCCAGACGCAGCUCCGCCGCUUCACGAUCGAGAGCGACGCCCUGGGCAAAAUCGUGAGGGCAUGCCGGCAACACCAGACCACAGUCACCGGGCUGCUCCAGGCCCUGGCGUUCGUGUCCAUCGCCUCACAGCUAGACGAGCAGACCGCCACGGCCUUCCGCGCCGGGACAGCCUUGAACCUCCGCCGGCACAUGCCAACGGGCCCGAGUACAUACCCCGACUUCCGCCCGCACCGCACCAUGGCCUGUUAUGUGUCCAUGUUGACGCACGAGUUCGACGUCGCGCUUGUCAGAACCAUCCGCGCCAAGCGUUCACCAUCGGACGCCGCCGACGCCGCCGCCACCGCCAAAGGCCCAGCCCUGCUGCGCGAGGACCUUCUCAAUGAGGCAUGGUCCGGAGCCUCCUCCGUCCGCAGCGAGAUCGCGACCAAGAUCGAGAAACAAGGUCUCCGAAAGGAUAACCUCAGCCUCAUGCGGUUCAUCUGGGACUGGCGCCAGUAUUUCAUGGACUUGGCCAAGCGGCCACGGCAGUUGUCGUGGGUGGUCAGCAAUAUCGGCGUGAUCGAUGGGACGAGAUUCGAGGCUGGUACUACAGCGCCCUCAGCAGCAGCAGCAGCAGCAGCAGCAGCGACAACAACGGCUCCUGCAGCGGAUGAUGGGCCGGAGGAGUCGUGGUCGAUCUGCCAGGGGCUCUUUGCGGUCAGCCCUGAGACUACCAACGGGGGUGUUUGUAUAGCGGUCUUGACGGCGGCGGGCGGGCAGACGUGCGUCACUGGGACUUGGCAGGACUGCAUCUUUGAUGUAUCGCUGGGUGAGCGCGUCAUGGAUGAUAUGGAGAGGUGGCUUGGCCAGAUCGCUUCCGAAUUGUGA